UUUGAGACUUCUCCCUGUCUGCUUCUUCAGCAACUACAACUAUACUUGGGGCAUAGUUGUAGCUAUUUGAGUGUAUAUCCCUCCACCUUUCAGUUAUUCUUCUUUGGGAGAUCUAGAAAGAUGAGCAGCAAGAAACUAAGACGAGUGGGUUUAUCACAAGAGCUGUGUGACCGUUUGAGCAGACAUCAGAUCGUUAAUUGUCAGGACUUUUUAGGUCUCUCCCCGCUGGAACUUAUGAGAGUGACUGGCCUGAGUUAUGGAGGUGUCCACGAGCUUCUGUGUGUGGUCAGCAGGGCCUGCGCUCCACAGAUGCAAACGGCUUAUGAGAUACAGCUGCGGAGGUCUGCUGCUCUCUCCCCAGCCUUCCUGUCUACUACCCUUUCUGCGUUGGAUGAAGUCCUGCAUGGUGGUGUGGCUUGUGGAUCGCUCACAGAGAUUACAGGUCCACCAGGUUGUGGAAAAACUCAGUUUUGUAUCAUGAUGAGUGUUUUAGCUACAUUACCCACCAACAUGGGAGGAUUAGAAGGGGCUGUUGUGUACAUUGACACGGAGUCUGCCUUUACUGCUGAAAGACUGGUAGAGAUCGCAGAAUCCCGUUUUCCACUGCAUUUUAACACUGAAGAAAAAUUGCUUCUGAUGAGCAGUAAAGUUCAUCUUCACCGGGAACUUACCUGUGAGGGAGUUCUGCAGAGGCUUGAAUCUUUGGAGGAAGAGAUUAUUUCCAAAGGAGUUAAGCUUGUGAUUGUUGACUCCAUUGCUUCUGUGGUCAGAAAGGAGUUCGAUUCGCAGCUUCAGGGCAACAUCAAGGAAAGGAACAAGUACUUGGCCAAAGAAGCAUCCUUACUGAAGUACCUGGCUGAGGAAUUUUCACUCCCAGUUAUCUUGACGAAUCAAAUUACGACCCAUCUGAGUGGAGCCCUCCCUUCUCAAGCAGACCUGGUGUCUCCGGCUGAUGAUUUGUCCCUGUCUGAAGGCACUUCUGGAUCCAGCUGUGUGGUAGCCGCACUGGGAAACACAUGGAGUCACUGUGUGAACACCCGGCUGAUUCUCCAGUACCUUGAUUCAGAGAGAAGGCAGAUUCUCAUUGCCAAAUCCCCUCUGGCUCCCUUCACCUCCUUCGUCUACACCAUCAGAGGGGAAGGCCUGGUUCUUCAAGGCCAAGAGAGGCCAUAGGGAUACUGUGACCUUUGUCUGGAGCUGAUGGGGGUGUGAUUUGUGAAAUGAAACAAGACCAAGAUGGGGGGCUGCUUGGAAAAAGGAACCGGAAGCCAACAUAAUGAGGAUUAAUUGGUUGAUUGCUGUUGAGAUGGUAACUGUGAUUUCAGACCCGGAAGGGAAGGUGAAGAUGACGAAGCCUUUGUCCAGUCUCUGAUGUGGAGGGCUGGGGGCUUUACCACCAUGGGAUGUCAGCAGCCGGAAUAAGAAUUUGCACUUACAUAGCACCUUUCAACCAUGCACCUCAAAGCGGUUUAGCCACAUUAAUUAAUUAAGGCCCACAAUCCCCCUGGGGAGAGGAGGAGGAGGACUAACAAGAUUUGUAAUUACAGAAGGGAACAUUUCCGAAUAAAGUAUUGUCCAGCAAAGAAAAAGAA